GUGAAGAAGAAGAAGCAGCUCCUGAAUCUCACGUUUUUGGGGAUCCGGAUCCGUUCAACAGCUCGUGCUUUAACGACCUGCCGGCUCCGCUCCGGUCCACUCCAGCUCCGGUCCACUCCACUCCGGCUGCUCCGGCUCCCCCUCCGGCUCCCUCCCUGACGGAGGAGCAGCGUAGACGCAUGGAGCUGAACCGACAGCGAGCCCUGGAGAGGAGGCUGGCCCGCCAGCAGCCAAUGGAUCCUUCAGACUCUCAGACCGUCGACUCGUCAGCAGAUGAACCGACAAACGUCCUCAACAAUUCUGAAGACCGGGAUGAGGAGGUGGAGGCUUUAGAGGCGGAGCCAGCCAGCAGCACACAACAACAAGAACCCCGUCAGCUUCCACACACAGACUCUGAGCCUCCUGCUGAAUCGCCUCACAGUGAGAGAGAAGAAGAACCCGGUCUCUGUGAGGUCCAAGAACCCGGUAACGUGUGAGGACGGAGAUUAACGCUCUUGAGAUUGAAAGACAGAAUUUAUUUUUGUUUUGGCAACGAAUUUUAUUUAUGCAUAAAUUAUGUUCUUGUAAUGUGCAACUUUGUUCAAAUUCUGAAUUCCUGUUUCCAUCUGAAAUACUUAAACACACAUACAUACACCGUUUUAUUGUCGCGUCAGCAGCUUUAAAUGAAAUAUUUCUUCAGAUUUUAUUAGCCGGAUGUAGUUUGUAAUAAAUGUCGGUGUUACUUGUACAUAAUAUCUUUGUUGUUCACGUCAUAAUCAGUGCAGCACGACACGUUCUCAUUUGUGUUAUUGAUCAAUCGAGGCUUAGUUUCCAUCUUUGGUUUUUUUAAUGCCAAACAAUAAACAUUAUGAAGAAAA